AUGGCUUUCUGGAGAGAUGUUUACUUUGGCGGCAAGCGCGGCGGCAGGCGCUCGAGAGGAGAGGUGAACUGGGGUCCUCAGCAAGUGCAGGUUCGACCUGGGUUCGGGGUGCGGUACGGGGAGCCGACUGGGACUGACGUUCCGCUGCCUGUGGAAAUACCUCCGCGGCCGCCGGGCGUUUUGGCAGCAGGAGCUCCUGUAACUGUGGGGCCUCGUCCAGCAGUUAUGCCUGCUGCACCACCGGUGGCGGAGGAGGCGGCACCGGCGGACAACGUGCCUGCGGAGGCACCCCAAGCACCGGCCGCUCCUGGUCCUGCAUCUGGAAGCAGAUCUUCCUCUUCUGCAGAGCUGCCAGCUUCUGCAGAACCCACGGCCUCGGCGGCGGGGGCUGGUGCGGCGGUUGCACCAGUGGCAGCAGUGGCAGCGGCGGAGCAUGGACAUGUUCCGGCGGGACCUGCUCCGGCGCCAGCUCGCGCCGAUGACGACAGUUGGCGGGCACCGGCCUCGGCGGCGGGGGCUGGUGCGGCGGUUGCACCAGUGGCAGCAGUGGCAGCGGCGGAGCAUGGACAUGUUCCAGCGGGACCUGCUCCGGCGCCAGCUCGCGCCGAUGACGACAGUUGGCGGGCACCGGUGCUGGCCUCUACGGUCGAGAAAGAGGUGCCACUUCUGAACGGGUGGCGCUGGAUUCGGCUAUCCGAUGGGGUUGAGUACUUCGAGCAUCAAUAUGGCCAAGUGAUCAGUUUCAAACGACCUCUUUCUUUUCCAUUCGUAAUCCGCCGUGAUCAGCCGGAAGGACAGGGCGACUUGAGUCCAUGGGAACUAUGGACGAUGUGGUUGCAGCCCGAGCAGAAGUGGUGGUACAACCCUCAGUCCAAGCACUCCGCCCCCUUUGAAACAUUCGCGGACGCUCUAGCUUUGGCUCGCGAGCGUCUUUAUGAACGCCUGCGGACGAAAAGAGUGCACGAGGACGCCAAGGCGAUGGAAGAGUUGGUGCGGCGCCGGAGAGCAAGAGAAAAAGGCUUCUUCUGA